AAUUUUUGCAUCUGAAGUUAUAUUAAUUUCCUAAGGGAAAUUCUGUGUUGUUCUUCAAACAUUUUCAGAUCUGAGCAGUGAAGAAAUAAUAAUAACAAAGUGAUACUUGUUUGCCUGUUUAAAAUGAAAAAUUACUUUAUUGGGAUUUUUGUGCAAAUUAGUGCUGUUUUUCUCUCCCAGUGUCCCUCCUUUAUUGAGAUUCUGAGAGUCCUUCACCCUGUGGCCUUAAACAUAACAAACAAAUCAUGGUUUGCAACUCCAGUCGUGUUGGCAGUGAUUUCUCUAAGCAAACGAAAAAACUCAUUGAGGGCGUCUGUUUAAUCUGUGUUGAGAAUGCUGCUUUCCUACUGAAUCUUUAAUGUACUUUUGGGAGUGAAGUGUUUUCAUGAUGUCUUUCUCUCGCUUUACACAAACUACAUCCAAUACAAUUCCAUUGUAGGAGCACUUCACAAAUUGCUCUGUCAUUCCAUCAGAAGAGAGCUGGAUGCAACUCUUCCAUCCUUGCUGUUGCACAAGUCUGUGAGUUUUUGUUGUAUGUAGUUCAGUGGGCUGACAAGGUGGCUUCGAAAAAAAAAAAACAAAAACAAAAACAAAAACCAAAAGCAGCAACAGAAGAUGUUUCACACUGUUCAGUAUCAACCUUUGAGACUGAUAACCCAAAACAGUCUUUCUAAAAUUUGUUUAAAACUGAUGUUUUCAAGACUGGUAACAUUUGAACGGAUAUCAAAGUCAUGGUUCUCGAGCCAUUCUCUUAUUGGAAACAAAAAUAUUAUCCUGAUGGGACCUCCAGGUGCUGGGAAAACAACAGUUGGGAGAAUAGUAGGUCAGAAGUUAGAUUGCCCUGUCAUAGAUAUAGAUGAUGAUGUCCUUGAAAGAACCUGGAAUAUGAGUGUGUCAGAAAAACUGCAGGAUGUUGGUAAUGAGCAAUUUUUAGAGGAGGAAGGAAAAGCCCUUUUGAAGUUUUCAGCAUCUGGAAGUGUCAUUUCCCUUACUGGGUCCAAUCCAAUGCACACUGCUGGCAUGCAGCAUGUGAAAAGAAAUGGCAUAGUUGUAUAUCUUGAUGUGCCCACAAUGGUCAUUAUGAGUCGCCUGAAGUCAAUGAAAGUGGAUCGCAUCGUGGGCCAGGGUCCUGCUACUUCUCUUAAGGACAUACUUCAGUUUAGGAAGCAAUUCUACAAAAGGUGGUACGAUGUUCGCGUUCUUUGUGGGGGCAAUAUGGCAGCAGAGGUUGUAGCAGAAAAGGUGCUUGAUGCUGUGAAGAGAUACCAAAACUCAGAAGUGGAAACUUAUGUUUCAACUAGGAGUACACAAAACAACUCUCACAAGUAUUUCAGUGAUGUUGUCGUUGGAGGCUUAGCCUCGGAUGGAGGACUUUUUGUCCCUGAGAGAGGACUUCCAGUGUUGACUGCUGAAGAAUGGCAAACUCUAAUAGGAGCAACUUAUGCUGAAAGAGCUCAGGUGAUACUAGAGAGAUGCAUACAUCCUGCUGACAUUCCUGCUUCUAAACUGAGAGAAAUUAUUGGAACUGCAUACGGAGAAAACUUUACUUGUUCUAAAAUUGCCCCAGUUAGACAUUUGACAGGCAAUCAGUUUCUCCUUGAGUUAUUUCAUGGACCAACGGCUUCAUUUAAAGAUUUUGCGUUACAGAUGAUGCCACAUAUAUUCGCAUACUGCAUUCCCAGGAGCUGCAAUUACUUGGUUCUGGUAGCUACUUCUGGUGACACAGGGAGUGCUGUCUUAGAUGGAUUUAGUCGUCUCCAUGACACUGACAAACAGAGAAUUGCUGUGAUGAGUUUUUUUCCUGAGGAUGGAGUAAGCCCAAUUCAAAAAUCACAGAUGAUUGGUUGUCAGAAAGAGAAUGCCUGGUCAGUAGGUGUCAAAUCUGAUUUUGAUUUUUGCCAGACCGCUAUAAAGAAAAUCUUUACCAACUCAGAUUAUACUGGCUAUCUUACAGUAGAGUAUGGCACUGCUUUAGCAGCAGCAAACUCCAUAAACUGGGCACGACUGCUUCCUCAGGUAGUUUAUCAUGCCUCUGCAUACCUCGAUCUUGUUCAUCAAGGUAUUAUUAUAUUUGGAGACCCUGUAGAUGUUUGCAUUCCUACAGGGAACUUUGGCAACAUAUUAGCUGCCUUGUAUGCCAAAAUGAUGGGAAUCCCUAUUAGAAAAUGCAUUUGUGCUUCCAAUGAAAACAAUGUUUUGACAGACUUUAUAAGAACAGGUAUUUAUGAUUUGAGGGGAAGGAAAUUAGUUCCAACUUUUUCACCAGCAGUAGAUAUUUUGAAGUCCUCUAAUCUUGAGCGAUACUUGCACCUGAUUGCUGAUGGUGAUGGACAGCUGUUGAUACAGUUAUAUAACCAGCUGGAAAAUCAGGGCCACUUUCAGCUGCAGAAAGACCUACUUGAAAAGCUUCAGCAGAACUUGGUGGCUGGGUGGUGCUCUGAGGAGGACUGCCUCGCUGCCAUUCACUCUGUCUACAGCACUACAGGAUAUAUUCUGGAUACACACACAGCUGUUGCUAAAGUAGUUGCAGAUCGAUUACAAGAUAGAACUUGUCCAAUUAUUAUUUCAUCUACAGCUCAUUAUUCUAAGUUUGCACCUGCUAUCUUGAGGGCCUUGAAGAUUACGGAAAUAAAACAAAACCCAUUAAGUCAGCUUCACUUGCUGAGUUCUUACAGCCCUCUGCCUCCAGUCCACUGGGGCCUAUUAGCGACCCUGAAAAAGAAUGAGAAUGAGGGUCACCGGGUCUGCGCUGCUGAUUUAAGUAUGUUGAUGUCUUGUAUAGAAACCUUAAUUCAAAAUCAUUUUAUGAAAGUUUUCUGAGCAGCCGGUCAGAUGUGUACUCUGUCAUUUGUGGUACCUUAUCAAACUGCAUGUUUUAAUAAAGUCAUGAUUUAUCUGGCUCGUGUCCAGUUCACAGCGUAACAUCCGCAGUUGUAUCUUUUUAUAAUUGUCAGAUUUUCAGCAGUAUUCUUAUGCAUGUGAGAUUUCUAGUAGCGUGGAACAGUUCUGAAUGGAGAGACUGGAAGCCUGGAGUAUUCUUGCAGGCCACAUGCCUUAGGGACAGCAGCAGAGCAGGCUUUUCUUGGUAGCACCGUCUCAUUCACAAGCUGAAGCAUUCUCCCCUGAAGGAGGGAGGUAAUGAAGUCUGUCCUGAAAGUAAUGGCUCUAGUUUUGUUGCAAGAAUGAUGUGAUCACCUGACCAGGAGGUGAUCAGUUAAAGUUUAACUAACUUCACUUAGGACGCCAAAACACAAUAAGAUAGUGAUGAUGCUCAAAUAUUCCUAGUGAAGUGUGAUUUCACUAUAAAGAUUAAAGCAUACGUAUUCUGUUAAUCCUUGAACCAUGUAAUUUUAUGGUAUGCUACUUUCUUGUAUGAUGCUCUUUUUAUGUUUUGUGGGCCAACAUUUAUGUAAAACAUCUGGUUAUUUUGUUUGUCAGACAUCUUUCUUUUUCCUUCCAGAUAUUCUUCUGCGUAUGAUAGAAUCCUUUCUUUAAUAUUUGUACCUUUUGAGAUACAGCUCAUCCUCCAGUGUGCCAGUAGUCUUUCCUAGGUCUUUUCUAGUUUAACUUUUUGACAUUAGAAUACUUCUUUAAUGCUAUUGACUAGUGUUAGCAUCAGUCUUCCUAGAUAAGAUCCAAACUUAAGGAUUUAUUUACAUUUAUUUAUUGUAUACUAUUUUUUUUCAUAGAGUUCGUGUAUCUUUCUAAUUCCUUCUGUUGUCAUAUGUAUUUUUUUUUAGGUUAAUGUUCUCAACGUUCUAUUCAUGUUUUGCAUGAAUUACAGCAAGGAAGUGUCUCACAGGUCUUGGUAGCUCAUCAAGUAAAGUGAAGGAUGAACUUCAGUGCCUUGCCUGGCAAAUGCAAUGCCAUCAGAGGUAUUCGUUGUGCAACCUGAAGUAGGUCUUUGCUAGCAGUCUGUCUUUGCUAAUGAUAGGCUCUGUGCUGGUUGUUUUUUUUACUUGUUGUUUUGUUUUUUAAUUAAAAAAAAAAUAGAGCAUAUUGCCUGAGGCGAUUGUAUGGUUUUGGGCAAUCUUACUCUGCUAAUUAUAGACUAUAUUUGGCAAGAGCAGGAAAUAUAUCUACAUUUCAUGCUAUGAGGAAUACUAAAAUAAUGUAUUGGCAAGUUGUGAAUUGCAGCCAGUUACAGGUAAAGAGCUGGAAGUAGUCAGAUGGGAGUACGUACACCAAGAUUCAGCAGGAGAAAGGUAUUGGCAAGAGAGGUGGUAAUUGGUGACAUUUUUGCCUCCUUGAGAAGGAGCAUCUCAUUUAUGUUAGGACUUGAUCUCUUGCCAAAAUAUAGAGACAAAACAAUGCUCAUAGAAUCAUUCCUUCCCUUCUGUUGUGGGUCUGCUUGUACUUUCUGCCACAUUAGAGGUGCAGAAAACACUAUUCAGCAAACUACUUGAAAAAAUUCUCCAUUUAUGUAGUGUUCCACUGUAAACUGAAAGACCCAACAUGAUGUGCAUUUGCCACAGUGAAUAUGUUGUAUAAUAAAGUUAUAUGUAGCUGAUAAAGGUGUGAGUGACCAAAUAGCUUUUUGGGUGCUGCCAUUUUUGCAUGCCUUUCCAAGAUCUGCCAGUUUACUUUUUUGUUUAGACCUUAUUUCUUAUUUCUGCAGUAACUUCAAAAAAUCUUUUUCUAACACAAGAACGAUCAUACAGUAUAUAAUUUAAAAAUGUUGUGUAGGUAUACUGCCAAAAAAGAAGCAAUGUGUUGGUGAUUAGUGUCCAUCUACCUUGCAUUUCUGAAUUUAUCAGUUUGGUUCCUACAUUAGUCCCAAGUGUAACACUACAAUACAUGAGUUCUAAAUCUUUGAAGUUUAAAAAAAAAAAAAAAGUUGUUUCCAUUACUGAGAUGGGAAUGGGUUUUGUUGUAAGGACUUGGAGAAAUUCUGUACUAUUUGGCUCCAUGAGGCUUAGUGCUGCAUGUUACCAUAAGGCAGUUUGUCACACGCAGUUGCAGUGUGUUUUUGAAGUACUUCCAAAGACAAGCUUGUUUUCAUAGGAAGUACCUGAAAGAGAAAAGCUGAGGUUCUAAACACGAUUAGGCUAAAAGACUCUGACCUACCUGGAAUUAACUGAUUGUUAGAUAGUAACAACUAAGCAACAUAUCUAACAAGAUUUAUUUUGGCAUGAUUCAAACAAUCAAUAUUUCAAAGUUCAUGGCUGUAGCUCGAGCUUGGUUUGAAGGGAAAAGUAUUAGUAAAAUUCCUAUUUACAAUGUUUGACAUGGUAUGAAAAUAUAAAGGGUUGAUAUGGUUACAUGAACUCUGUAAGAACUCAGCUGUACUUAUGGGUUUUGUGAAGCUGAAAUACACAAAGGUAGUGAUUAAAGAGCAUGUAAAAUGUUAAGACAUUUUCAGAAAUGUACUAAUAAUACAAUACUUGCUCGAUUACAUUGUUUAGGAACGUAAUAACUGAACUUCAUCAUACAUGAAAUGAA